ACAUCAGAUCCCAGGAUGGCGCACAUCCGACGACAAGAUGCCUUCGACGACUCCGAAUACGGAUCAUGUCCGGUUGGAGGACAGUGGUGGAAGUGCGAAGACGUCAGCUACCCGACAUUCAUAGGAUGCUGCUCGAGCAAUCCAUGUUCCGGUCGACUGUGUCCUGAAGAAGAUCUAUAUCCCAUGGGUUUCAGUUCUGUCACUGCACCCGCUCCCGACUAUCCAAAUCACUCCUGUCCAUAUGGAGGACUGUGGUAUACCUGCGCAGAGAACACUGUCCCCUUUCAGGGCUGUUGCGCGAGUAAUCCAUGCAACGGGCAAGGUUGUCCAGCAUCCGACCUGCGAGCAGCCGCCGUACACACCGUCGUGGUGGCGGGAACGUCGACGUUCACUGUUCCUUCCCCGGUCGCGACGAAAAGUCCAACUACAACAAUUUCGACAACAGACACCACGAUAACCUCUAAGCCAACGAUAGAGGGCUCAACGUCAGCCUCUUCCCAGCCGGUCUCCGAAUCAGUCGACGUAGCCGCGAUCGCUGGCGGCGCCGCAGCUGUUGCAGUCGUCCUGACAAUCAUCAUAGGAGUGCUGAUCUGUUGGCUUAUUCGAAGGAGGAGGAUGAAACAAGCAGCGAUGAAUUCUGCGCAGGUGGGGAUACCACCGCAAGACCCAAAACCCUUCUACAAAGACCCUUUUGGCGCGAUUCUCACUCCAACACUUCCGCGAUAUAGUCGACGACCUCCUUCUUUUGGAUACCCUCAAGCACCUUUCUCUCCCGCUCCUACAUAUCCGUCCGCACAAGUCAUCCAUCCUCCACAUACCGAACCUCAAGAGGUCAUGGGUCUUUGCUUGUCAAAAGACGAAUUCAACCGUCGUACCAAGUCGAGAUCUCCAGCAAAUCACCAUGUAGACCGACCCAUUGAGCUUGCGACCCAGCGCUUCUCUGCAAACAAUCCUGACGCCGAGGCGAAGAGCCCUCCUUUGGAAGCCCAGCCGAAGCCGAAGCCCAAGCGUAACUCC